AUGACUCUCGAUACCCGUAGCGCGAGCGGAAAACUUAGAAAGGGAAAGCCUAGGGGCAAACGACGCGACCGAGACUGCUCCACGUGUCAGGACAGAGGAAUCAAGUGCGACGUCAACCGACCUUCGUGUGGCCAGUGUCGUCGCGACGACCUGAUCUGCCCUGGAUUUGCUAUACGAGUUCGCUGGGCCGCGGAUGCCACCAACGCGGAUUCAACAGCAGUGACGACGUCGAAUAAUGGCAUCUUGGCCUCCGCCGGGGUGUCCGAGUCGAACAUUAAUGAAGGCGUCGAGGCAACAAGCACGAGCACAGAUCUUUGCGUUGAACAGAAUUCUUCAAGUUCUGUAAUUCCAUCGCGGGCGAGCGUCGAAGAUAGUCCUAAUUGGACCUCUAACCUGGCCGACUACCUGCACUAUUUUACCUCAAAGUACGCCCAAGCAAGAGUCGCACGAAAUCCCCAUGUUAGACCUGCUCCUGACGACCCCGGAGGUGUUGCUGGCGUCUGGCACUUCGCAUGGGACCACAUCAGUCAGUGUCUGCGAGAAAGUGGCUCCCACCACGCACUUGAUAAGCACCUGCUAUAUUCCGGGGCUCUGCAAGGACUUAAUCAAGCUGUACAAGAAAGCGAUAUUCUUGCGAUCUUUGGAAUGACGACAUUGGCGUUUCUCGACGUGCGCGAGGGACCGUUCGGCAGGUGGGCUCGUCAUCUAUGUGGUGCGAAAGCACUACUUGACCUUCAUUGUCAAGACUUUGAAACACUGUCACAGUUGUAUUCGACAACACCUGGCUUAAAGCAAGCCGUCUCAUUGCUCCUGUGGUACGAUGUCAUGGGACUGGUAAUUGAUCAGGACCGGCAUCUAAUCUUCGAUGACUUCCACCGCAGAGACAUGGAACCGACGUUUUUCGAACUCGUAGGAUGCGCGCAGGAUACCUUUAGGCUCUAUGUCGAGAUUGCUCAGGGUUACACGACAGCCGCCCCACAUCAGGCGUACCAUCGCAUAUGUACUCAACUGCUCAAGGUCAGCCGUAGCCCGGAUAAUGAGAUGCUUCUGUUACAAGAUGCGUGGAGAUACGCAGCUUUCUACGUUGCCCUUGACUAUCUGCACCCAGAUAGUGUUAAGGAGACGGACGAAGCAGCUGCACUGGUCGCCGACAGUAUAUGCGAUAUUGUGGACAAGAUUCUGCCGCUGGAGAACCACCUUUUUGUUCACUUAAAGGUUCAAGUCUUCUUCAUGGGCAUAUUCGCACCCAAGGAACGCCACCUCCGCAAAGCAGACUCUUUCUGGCGCUUUUGUGAAUCCUCGUCGCCACCUUCCUACUCCAUGGCACAAAAACUCUCUGCCGCGCGCCGGAAGAGAAGAUCGCAGAAACAAGUCAGUACUGGGAACAGCUCGGGGGUGUCACAAGCCUAA